CAGAGAGCGAAGCAGCUGUUCAUACCACACAGAAUUUUUCUCUCCCUCUCUCUUUCUAUAUAUUUCAGUGUGGAUUGGACUUUUCUCUCAGCUUGUUUGGAGAAGGAAAUUACAAUUUAGGGUUUGAAGUUUGCGUAUAAAAAUAGGGCUCUACCCUCAUUCAACUCCUCAUCAUCCUGUCUCAUCUCUUUUCUCUCUCCGGGGGAUUCCGGCGCCUUAACAGAUGGCCGCCGAUAAGAGCAUCGGGCUGGAGGAGAUCAAGAACGAGUCCGUGGAUCUGGAGCGGAUUCCUAUAGAGGAAGUGUUUGAGCAGUUGAAAUGUAGCAGAGAAGGUCUAACAUCAGAUGAAGGAGCCAGCCGGCUUCAAAUUUUUGGACCAAACAAACUAGAAGAGAAAAAGGAGAGCAAAGUCCUCAAGUUUUUGGGGUUUAUGUGGAAUCCUCUGUCAUGGGUUAUGGAAGCCGCAGCUAUUAUGGCUAUUGCCUUAGCAAAUGGUGGUGGCCAGCCUCCAGAUUGGCAAGACUUUGUUGGUAUCAUUGUUUUACUGUUGAUCAACUCCACAAUCAGUUUUAUUGAAGAAAACAAUGCUGGUAAUGCAGCAGCAGCCCUAAUGGCUGGCCUUGCUCCCAAGACGAAGGUUCUUAGGGAUGGACGAUGGACUGAGCAGGAUGCAGCUAUUCUUGUUCCAGGAGACAUAAUUAGCAUUAAAUUGGGUGAUAUUGUCCCUGCUGAUGCCCGUCUUCUUGAGGGUGAUCCCCUUAAGAUUGAUCAAUCUGCUCUUACUGGAGAAUCCCUCCCUGUCACCAAGAAUCCUUCGGAUGAAGUAUUUUCUGGUUCAACUUGUAAACAGGGUGAAAUAGAUGCAGUUGUAAUUGCGACAGGGGUGCACACCUUCUUUGGUAAGGCUGCUCAUCUGGUGGACAGCACCAACCAAGUUGGGCACUUCCAGAAGGUUCUCACUGCCAUUGGUAAUUUCUGCAUUUGCUCUAUUGCUGUUGGAAUGAUUAUCGAGAUCAUUGUCAUGUACCCAAUACAGCACCGCAAGUACAGGGAUGGAAUUGACAACUUGCUGGUUCUCUUGAUUGGAGGAAUUCCUAUUGCUAUGCCUACUGUUUUGUCUGUUACUAUGGCUAUUGGUUCCCACAGGCUCUCCCAGCAGGGUGCAAUCACUAAGAGAAUGACGGCCAUUGAGGAAAUGGCAGGCAUGGAUGUUCUCUGCAGUGACAAGACAGGAACACUGACCUUGAACAAGUUGACUGUUGACAGAAACCUUAUUGAAGUGUUUACAAAGGGUGUGGAGAAAGAACACGUGAUCCUGCUCGCAGCCAGGGCUUCUAGGAUUGAAAAUCAGGAUGCCAUUGAUGCUGCCAUUGUAGGAAUGCUUGCGGAUCCGAAAGAGGCACGGGCUGGAAUCAGAGAGGUUCAUUUCCUUCCAUUUAAUCCUGUAGACAAGAGGACUGCUCUAACAUACAUUGAUGCUGAUGGGACGUGGCACCGAGCUAGCAAAGGUGCCCCGGAGCAGAUACUAAACCUUUGCAACUGCAAGGAGGAUGUUAGAAAGAAGGUGCAUGGAGUGAUUGAUAAAUUUGCUGAACGAGGACUUCGAUCUUUAGCUGUUGCUAGACAGGAAGUACCUGAGAAAACAAAAGACGCUCCAGGAGCACCAUGGCAGUUUGUUGGUUUGUUGUCUUUGUUUGAUCCUCCCAGGCAUGAUAGUGCAGAAACCAUUCGAAGAGCUCUCAACCUCGGUGUCAAUGUCAAGAUGAUCACUGGUGACCAACUUGCCAUUGCCAAGGAAACUGGACGAAGGCUUGGAAUGGGGACAAACAUGUAUCCCUCUUCUUCAUUGCUUGGCCAAGACAAGGAUGCAUCCAUUGCAGCCCUCCCUGUGGACGAGUUGAUUGAGAAGGCCGACGGAUUUGCUGGAGUAUUUCCUGAACACAAAUAUGAAAUUGUAAAGAAGUUGCAAGAGAGAAAGCACAUCUGUGGAAUGACAGGAGAUGGUGUCAAUGAUGCCCCCGCUCUGAAGAAGGCAGAUAUUGGAAUUGCUGUUGCUGAUGCUACUGAUGCCGCCAGAGGUGCUUCUGACAUUGUCCUCACUGAACCUGGGCUCAGUGUCAUUAUAAGCGCAGUGCUGACCAGUAGGGCUAUCUUUCAAAGGAUGAAGAACUACACUAUUUAUGCAGUUUCUAUCACCAUCCGUAUUGUGUUUGGUUUCUUGUUUAUUGCUCUCAUAUGGAAGUUUGACUUUGCCCCCUUCAUGGUUCUUAUUAUUGCCAUCUUAAACGAUGGAACAAUCAUGACAAUCUCAAAGGAUCGAGUGAAGCCAUCACCACAGCCAGACAGCUGGAAACUGAAAGAAAUCUUUGCAACUGGGAUUGUGCUUGGAGGUUACUUGGCCCUAAUGACUGUUGUAUUCUUCUGGGUCAUGAAAGAUACCGACUUCUUUCCGGACAAGUUUGGUGUAAAAUCAAUAAGAUAUAGUGAAAAUGAAAUGAUGGCAGCCUUAUACCUACAAGUGAGUAUUGUGAGUCAGGCCCUCAUUUUCGUGACAAGGUCUCGAAGCUGGUCCUAUAUUGAACGCCCUGGGCUUCUCUUACUCGGUGCUUUCAUUGCAGCUCAGCUGGUUGCAACUGUGAUAUCCGUGUAUGCCAACUGGGGUUUCGCAAGGAUUAAGGGAACCGGCUGGGGUUGGGCUGGAGUCAUCUGGCUGUACAGCGUUGUUACCUAUAUUCCCCUUGACAUUCUGAAAUUUGCUAUUCGAUACAUUCUGAGUGGGAAAGCUUGGGAUAAUCUUCUGGAAAAUAAGACUGCCUUCACUACUAAGAAAGACUAUGGAAAAGAAGAGAGGGAAGCACAAUGGGCUGCUGCACAAAGGACAUUACAUGGUCUUCAACCACCUGAAACCAGCAACAUUUUCUCUGACAAGAGCGGUUACAGGGAGCUUUCCGAGAUUGCAGAGCAAGCCAAACGGCGGGCUGAGGUUGCUAGGCUUCGAGAGCUGAAUACACUGAAGGGGCACAUGGAGUCGGUGGUGAAGCUGAAAGGAUUAGACAUUGAUACGAUUCAACAUCACUAUACAGUUUAAAGAGCAAGAGUCUUGAAAAAAGAAUAAUGAUGACCUUUUGUUCUUCUGCCCCCCCUCCUCCCUUCUCCCCAACCCGGAAAUAGAAAGAGAGGGAGAGAAACAAGAUGAUGAAGACAGACUUUUUUUUUUUUAAGUGGUGAAGUAUUUAUAUGUUUAGAUUAGGGAGUGAUAAAUUUGUUAGGUAGUUUUUAUUUUGUUUGUCGUCUAUUAUUUCCAAACUCCAUCUCAACGUCAAUGUUGUCCUUUGGAACCAAGUAUCACCCCCCACCCACCUACACAGAAGCUUCGUGCUCAUUUUUAUUCUUCUUUCUGAAUGACACCAACUACACAGAGGCUUCUGCUUCUUUUUCCGUUUUGCUUCUUUUCACCUAUUUUUUAAUAUAUGGCCCAUAAAUA